UUGACACUCGACCUGAGCAAAAGAGCGAGCGGGGCGUGUGUGAGUGAGGGAAGCGGCUGUUCAGUAAACCGAUUGUCACCCCUGGCUAUCUCCGUUAUCAGCAACUUUCACUGCUGACAGCUCCCGAAGGAGGUGUAAAGUUAACGUUAGCUUGCAAUCGACGAGCCCCGUCUUUGAAACGAAACCAAAGGUGUGGAGUAAUGCGAGUGGAGGAGUGAAGGAGGCAGGCAUCCCAGUAGAACACUGGCAGACAAGUGGGAGGCCAGGCAAAGAUGCUGGAACCAGAUAUAGACCCGGCAAGUGCAGUAGUGGAGGGAGAAGGGGAGGGCGAGAUGGAGAGCGGAGAUUUGAAGGCUGAGGUGGUACGGCUGACUCUGGAACUCCAGGAGGCCACAGAAGAGAAGCAACAGGCAGCACGCUAUGGCCUGGUGGUGCUGGAGGAAAGUGCUGCUCUCAAGAUGAAACACCGGCAGCUGGAAGAGGAGCAUGAAGCCCUCAGAGUGGAGCUACAGCAGCUCAAAGACGCAUUUGCAGAUUCUGUGAGCAGCCAGAAGCGUGCAGCUGCUGAUGGAGAGUGCCGGGAGGAGAGCCUGCUGCAGGAAACUGCCACUAAGGAAGCUGCCAUGGCAACCCGGAUAGAGGAAGUCCAGGCAGAGCUCAGGCAAACACGCCUUGCCCUGAGCAAUUCCCAUGCAGAGAUUGAUAGGCUGGGUGUGCUCUCUACCCAGCUAAAGAAGGAGUGCGAGUGUCUGGAGGCAGAGAAAGGCCAUCUGAGGGAUGAGAUGAAGGAAUAUAAAGUACGUGAGCUGCGCCAGUUGCAGGACAAUGGUGAGCUUGAAGAAGAGAACAUAUCUCUGCAAAAACAAGUGUCUGUGCUCAAGGAAAACCAGGUUGAGUUUGAAUCGAUAAAGCUGGAGCUGACGCAGAAGAACGAGGAGCAGGAUGAGCUGCGAGCUCAGCUGGAGGAGGCAGCGAGGCUAAGGGAGAUAGCAGAGAGGCAACUGGAUGAGGCCCUGGAAGCCUUGAAGGAGGAGAGGGAGCAGAAGAACAGCCUGCGGAGAGAGCUCUCUGCCUUGACCCUUAACCCUUUUGAUUCUGUGGGGAGCCUGGAGCUCCACUUGGAGCAGCUGGAUGACAGCCAGGAGGAGGGCCAGGGGGGAGAGGGAGAAGGUGAGGGAGGAGACCAGGACAGUGGUUUUAAUAACGGUCCUGGGUCUGCUCCCAGUUCUGCUCACCCUCCUCACUUGGGGGGCUCCAAAAGUAAUGGCCUCAUCCAUCGCUACUCUACUCCACGCAAUAGUGACAUAUUCCUGCGUGCUCCAGCCUCUGGGCUGGUGUCAGACCUGCUGAGUGAGCUGCACUUUUCAGACAGUCAGAAACUCAAACAACAACUCUUGCAGGCUGAACGAGAAAAGUCCAGUCUAGCUAGCAAAGUGGAGGAACUGCAGAUGCAGUUGGUAAUGUCCAGGCAGGCGCUCAGUCAGCAAGAGGACAAGGUUGGCUCUCUCACUCAACAGUUGGAGGUUGUGCAGAGCAGCCAGCAGCACAGCCAGGAAGCAGAAGACAGGGGAGAUGAUGAGACGGUGAACAGGGACGGUGGCAGUGGCAUCUUGGACUAUGAGGUAGACACCAAGAGCAAGGAGGUGUUAGAGGCACGCAUGCGUUCAGCCAGUGAAGAGCUUCUGAAGCUGCGAGAUGAACUGUCUCAAGCAGGAGCUCGUUACAACACUCUGGAACAGCGAUACAAGCAGGAGAAGGAUCGCUGGAGAGGAGAGGCCCAGGAGCUGGCUGAUAAGAUCCGUCAAUGCAUCAAGUCCAGUAAACAGGACCAGGAGCGCAUCAGUGAGCUGGAGAAGGAGAUAGGAGCCACACGGAAAGUGGCAAUAGAUUCAGAAGGGCACUUGAACGUUGCACAGGAAGAGCUGCUGGCGUUCUCUGAGGAGCUGUCCAACCUCUAUCACCACAUCUGUGUGUGCAACAACCUGACACCCAAACGGGUCACCCUGGACUACUACCGUGAUGGUGCCAGGGCAAGGGGCGGAGGUAGUGCAAGAAGGUCUCACCAUGUCUACCCCCAGCACAACUCCCAGAAGAAGCCGGCAGUCAAUGACAUGUUCAUCUCCAAAGCCGCAGCACUGCAGUUUAUGGGGGAGGUGGACAGUGCAGGAGCCAGCGGAGACUCUCCUAAUUGCCCUGGAUCCCCCACGCUGGAUUUCAGGGACCCUUCCAAUGUUCGAAACUUGGUAGCAGUCAUCCGUUGCCAGAUCAAACACCUCCGGGUGGCAGUGGACCCACUUGGAGGAAGUAUUAAAACUGAAACGGCAGAGUUGGCCCUGUCCAAUUUGAAAACCAAGUACGAGACAGAGAAGAGCAUGGUGUCGGAGACCAUGAUGAAACUGCGGAACGAGCUCAAAGCUCUAAAAGAGGAUGCGGCCACCUUCUCUUCCCUCCGUGUCAUGUUUGCCAGCCGGUGUGACCAGUAUGUCACCCAGCUGGACGAGAUGCAGAGGCAGCUGGCUGCAGCUGAGGAUGAGAAGAAGACCCUGAAUUCUCUGCUGCGGAUGGCCAUCCAGCAGAAACUGGCUCUUACUCAGCGUUUGGAGGACCUGGAGGCUCCUCUGUCUCCCCACAGCUUGAACAGCAGCCCCCGCCGCUCCCGGGCCAAAGAACUGGCCACCAAGUCAGGACGAGCCCCUCGAAGCCCCCGAAGCAGUCCUGCGCGGCCCCCACUGAGGAGCAGUCCACGGGCUAGCCCGGUUCUUGGCAGCAGUGUUCCUGCCAUGGCCACACACCACCUGCGAGCCCUAACCCGAAGCCUCCAUUCAAGCCCUGUAAGCACCCCUCUCUCUCUGUGUCCUGACAGCCCCAUCCAGACAAGCAGCCGGUCUCACAAAGGCAAGGCUCUCCCACGAGAUGCCACUUUCAUUAGAAGUCAUAGUGUCAGUGAUGUUAAAGCAGUGUUGAGUCCUGGUUGUUCCCUGACACGUAAAGGCUCUCCUAGUUCUUUGAAUGCUAAACCUUCAGGGGUCUUGACAUCCACUUCUGUUCACAAUCCACCUGGUAAGACCAAGAUGACUGGGGUCUCCAGAGAGUCCAGACGUAGAUCAUCCACCUCCACAACGCUGAAACACUCCUUCCAUUACUCCAAACCCCCUCCUCUUCAUAAGGACCUGUCUCCAUGUUGA